ACUUCUGCCAAUGUGAAAGGGUCGUGUGUGUGGAACAUCUCCUAGUUUUAUGGGAAUUAAAACGUUAUAUUUUACCUGCAUGUCGCGGAAUCAUGGCUUCCUUCUUCAGGAGAACCAUUGCAGCUAAACUUGGCAGGACGCUGCAGCAGCCCGAAGAUGUGUUUAUACCAGCUCUGACAGCGAUUACUGUCUUGAAAAAGCAGCAGGAAUCCCCUGACUUCAAACUCUCACUCGGCACCUUACGAGGAAAUGGGGUUUUACCAUCUCACGGGGACAUUCAACAGCAGACGGAACACCUGGCAUCUCAGCUGAAGGAGGACAGCGUGGUGGAAGGUAUCACUACUGGAAAGGCAGUGAUCAACUUUAAAGUGAAUCGCAAGCUCCUGGCAGAGAAAUUGUUGGAGCCAUUUGGAAAGGGAGAAGAUGACAAGUUUGGGUUAAAUAGUGAACUUUUGGACUCUCUGAAGAGAGGAACAACAUUAGUUGAGUAUAGUUCUCCAAAUAUUGCCAAAAAAUUCCAUGCUGGACACUUACGAUCUACAAUUAUUGGUAACUUCAUUGCUAACCUGAAAGAGACUCUUGGAAACAAAGUUAUUCGGAUGAACUACCUCGGAGACUGGGGAAUGCAGUUUGGUUUGCUGGGAGCCGGUUUUGGACAGUUUGGAAGUGUGGAAAAAUUAAAAGAGAAUCCUUUACAACAUUUGUUUGAGGUUUAUGUUCAAGUAAACAAGGAAGCUGAGCACAACCCGGAUGUAAAGCAAGCUGCAAGAGUCUUCUUUAAACAGCUGGAGCAGCAUGAGAGCCAGGCUGUGUCGUUAUGGCAACAGUUCAGAGAGAUCACAGUGAAGGAGUAUCGGCAUGUUUACAAGCGGUUGGGGGUCCACUUUGACGUUUAUAGCGGGGAGUCCUUCCACCAAGAUCAAGCCCAGGAGGCGGUGCGGCAGCUGCAGAGCCGAGGCCUGUUGAAAACCUCCGAAAAGGGGACGGGUGUAGUAGAUCUCUCCCCUCAUGGAGACAUGAGCAGCGUCUGUACGCUACUCCGCAGUGACGGCACAAGCCUCUACAUCACGAGAGAUAUCGCUGCAGCUAUUGACCGCAAGGAGAAGUACUGUUUUGAUGAAAUGAUUUAUGUGACAGACAAAAGUCAAGAGAACCAUUUCUCCCAGCUGUUCCAGAUCCUGCGUGCUAUGGGACAUUCCUGGGCUGACGGGUGUCGCCACGUCUCCUUCGGUCUGGUUCAGGGGAUGAAGACCAGGACGGGUGACGUGGUGUUUCUGGAGGAUGUUCUGGACGAAGUUCGGGCGAGGACGCUCCAGAACAUGAGCCAGACAAACACCACAAAGGAACUGGAGGACGCAGACGACACGGCAGAGAAAGUGGGAAUCAGCGCACUAAUAGUCCGGGACUUUAAAGGUUCCCUGCAUUCAGAUUAUAAGUUUGACUGGGAGCGGAUCCUGCAGUCGCAGGGUGACACCGGCGUCUUCCUGCAGUACACACACGCUCGACUCUGCAGCCUAAUGAGGAAGAAUGAAGGUCUGGCGGCGGCUACGUUCAACCCCUCCCUUCUGGGUGAGCAGACGAGCAUCUCCGUCCUGCAGCACCUCCUUCGUUAUGAGGAGGUGUUGCAUCAGUCGGCCCAGGAUCUGGAGCCCAAACACCUGGUGAACUUUUUACUGAAGUUGAGCCACUUCAUCGCGUCAGCACACAGAGAGCUGCCCGUGAAAGGAAGCCAACAUGACGUUGCACAGGCAAGGUUACGAUUAUUCAGCGGAGCAUGCUCAGUCCUUGCCAACGGGAUGAGGAUCCUGGGAAUCACACCACUUAAUAAAAUGUGAACUUUUUUCAACCCUU